UCUUGUUUCCUCGUUUCUUUACCUAGUCAAAAAUGAGGAAAAGAUAAAAGAAAAUAAAAGCAAAGAAAAGAAAGUUCUUUUAUUUAAUAUUUAGAGCAGGUAAGUUAAACAAAUAAGAUCAGGUAAGUUAAAGUAAACAAAAUAAAGGGUGAACAUUGGUCUCUCUCUAUGUCUGUCUGUCUGUCUGUCUCUGCCAGUUCCAUCUUCGGUGAGCAAUGGAGAGUUUGAAACUGGGUGCUCCUGUAAUGUUCUUUUCCUUUUACUAUGAGGCCUGUAAAUCAGCAGGAACUGGAGUUUAUGCAGUGUAAGGAAUAGCUGAGUCAUGAUCUGAGAAGUGAAAGCUUUGUUCUUUGACUAAAUCGGUUAAGAAAAUCCCACCAAUUUGGAGAUAUCUGCUGGCAGCUUUGUGUUCUUAGAAGUUGAGGCUGCAUCUGGGGAUUGCUUACUCUGAUAUGUUUUCAAGUUAAUUCCGAAUCACAACUUCUUUUGGCUGUACUGAAGAAAUGGGUUGUGUAGCAUCUAGGAUCCAUAAGGAAGAGAGAGUGCAGAUUUGCAAGGAGAGGAAAAGGUUAAUGAGACAACUGGUGGUGUUUCGAGGAGAAUUUGCAGAAGCUCAACUUGCUUAUUUGAGAGCACUGAAGAAUACUGGUGUAACCCUUAGGCAAUUCACUGAGUCAGAGUCAUUAGAACUUGAAGAGCUUGAAAAUACCUCCUAUGUACAGGCAUUGCCUCCUUCCCCUCCUCUUCCUUUGCCUCCCUCUCCUCCGCCGCCUCCUCCUUUUAGCCCUGAUUUAAGAAAGUCGACUGAUAAUCAGAAACAAGAAAUUGAUAGAGAAGAAAGCAUAAGCAUUAAUGAGGAUGAUUGUUCUACCCCACCACCUCCUCCAAUUGUGACUUCCUCAUGGAAUAUAUGGGAUCCUUUCGAGCCUCCUUCUCCACAACAUCAGGAGAAAAGCAAAUUAGUGGAAUCAGCUGUAGAGGAGGAAAAUUGGGCUGAGACUAAGACAGAGUUUGAAGAAGAAGACCGGGAAGAGGUGAAUGUUGGGAAAGUGGCUUCAAGUUCACUUCCUCAGGUGCAGCAGCAGCUGCCCCCUUUAAAAUUAGUUGAUGAUGACUCAUCAAUGGUGAGCUGGUGUACUAAAGAUACUACAGAUGGGGUGAUGGUACACUGGAGAAACAAAAAGACCUUGGAGGGUAUUAUUAAGGAGUUAGAUGAUUAUUUCCUUAAAGCAUCAGCUGGUGGAAAGGAAAUAGCUGUUCUUAUGGACAUCUCCAAAGGGGACACUUCUCUACUGCAGAAUUCCAAAGAAAAUAAAAGGAAGAGGAGUAACUCUGCAAAGGUCUUCAGUGCAUUGUCAUGGAGUUGGUCUUCUAAGUUGCUUCAGUAUGCCAAAGACGCUACCGAGGUUUCUAAUCCUAGUGAGCCAUGCAAGCCUGGAGCACAUUGUGUCACACUUGACAAACUUUAUGCCGCAGAGCAGAAACUUUAUAAGGAAGUCAAAGAAGAAGAAAUGACCAAAAUAGAGCAUGAGAAAAAAUCCAUGCUACUGCUAAAACAAGAAGAAGAAAACCACGAUUGGACAAAGACUGAAAAAACUCGAUUUAGUGUUGAGGGUUUGGAGACUGACAUCAGUCGUCUGCAGCACUCAAUAAGCAGGACUUGUUCAUUGAUAUUGGAACUUAUUGAUGUGGAGCUGUGCCCUCAGCUUGUUGCAUUAACUUCUGGGCUCAAAAGUAUGUGGAGAACUAUGUAUGAGUGCCAUCAAGUUCAGAACCAUAUUUCUCAGCAGUUGAAUCAUCUCACUGAUAAUCAAAGUGUAGACUUGACGACUGACUAUCAUCGCCAGGCCACAGCUCAACUUGUAACAGAGGUCACCUCCUGGCACAGCAGCUUCUGCAAACUCAUGAAAUCCCAAAAGGAGUAUGUAAGAACUCUCUGUAGAUGGAUCCAGCUCACUAACUGCCUUGUCGAUGACAAUCAACAGAGUAGUUGCUCCUCUGCAGUUCGUAGUCUGUGCGAACAGUGGCAGCUUAUCUUUGAUAGGUUACCUGACAAGAUAGCUUCAGAGGCCAUAAAAAGCCUUUUGUCUGCCAUCCAAAUGAUAAUGCUGCAGCAGGAUGAGGAAUACAAUCUGCACAAAAAAUCUGAUAAACUUGAGAAAAGAUUGGAGAAGGAGUUAUUCUCACUUGCUGAAAUGGAGAAAAAGGUUGAUUGGAGAUUUGCCGCUGGAGAUGCGCAAUCCGAUUUGAGCCCCAAGCAUCCCUUGUCAAUUAAGCGUGCCAAAACUGAAGCCCUGAAGAAACGGGUGGAUACUGAGAAGUCUAAGUAUCUGAACUCUGUCCAGGUAACAAGAGUUAUGACUCUAAAUAAUCUCAAAACAGGCCUCCCUAGCGUGUUCCAGGCAUUAUUGGGAUUUUCAAGUGCUUCUGCUCAGGCCUUUGAGGCUGUCCACAGCGACAGCAGUCCUGCAGUCGAUUGUGAGGCAUCGGAAAGCUCAAUGAGCUAGAAAAGUGAAACGAAGUGGGAACCAAUUACACUUUGAAGAGCCAUUCGGGUCUACUGCAAGUUAUUUGUGACGUUCAAGGAUACAGUUCAAAUUGUAAUAAAAUUGUUUAUAGCGACAGAAACUAUUGUGUGGUCAAUUAUACUAGACACUGUUGGUUGACUGGCAAUGUAAGAAAAUCUUAUGCUUCAAUGUGGUUUCAGGUGCAUCAA